AGUACACCACCCAGACUAAAAGUUUCUUUUAAAACUACAAAGUGGUUGAUGCUGGGCUCCUCCUCUCGAGCUUUGGUACCUUUAGUCAGGCUGAGUUAUUCAUAACAAAAACUGAUGAAUUAUGAAACGCGCCACGGCAAUGAGACCCUCCCAUGCUGCAUGGACUCGUCUUGGUUUUGUCUGGGUUUCUAUUUUCUGGUUCACCUUAGCGGUCAGCAUUUCUGUGAGUCAGUGUAAGCAGCUGGACACCGAAUCAAAUGUGAAUAGGACCUGUGGUGAAAACGUGACCCUGAAUUGCAGUGCCAGCGUAGCAAUGCUGAAGGGUUCAAAGGUCGUCAAAUUUGACUGGCAACACAAAAAUACAACACUGUGCCAGUACAUGAACAAUACAUCUACCAGCAAGAUUCAGUGCAACUUCACAAACACAACAUCUGAACUCACUCUCUCUCUGACCAUCCUCAACAUAAUCCCGUCCGAUGAAGGAGUCUACCACUGCAAACUGCACUCACUAGGUGCACACGCGAAUGGGCAGAGCCAUCUGAGUGUUGGAGACUGCUUUGGAAAGCCUGGCAAGGAUACACCCCCUGACCAAUGCUCCUUUGAUGAAGUUUACCCCAUUGCUGACAUCCACUGGUUCCAGGGAGACGUAAACCUUACAGAUGGCACCGAAACGAAACAAAGUGUUGACGACAAAGGCUAUUUCACUGUCCAGAGUAGAGCUCCCACGGAGAAAGGGACCCAGAAACUGCCUUAUAACUGCUCACUGUGGAUGCCUUCUCGCAACACGUACAUCUCCAGCCGCCUGGUUUCAUCAGGGAGCGCAGCCCAACUCCAGUGGAUCUGCAUUAUUAUGGGGAUCUUGAUGAAGAUUAUUAUCAUGUAAAAAUGCAGGCCCUUUGACUAUUGAUUGAGAUUUUAAAAAAUUAGCUACUAAUUGAGAUGAACAGUUCCUAAUGCUUGGGGAUUUAUGGUUGUGUGCAUGUAAGAGUGCUUUUCUUUUGGGAUUUUUGUAAAUUUUAUGUUCAGGUGUGAAUAGUGGGAGCAAACAGCUACUUAUUUGAUUUAUUCAUUUGUUUUCUGAAAGCAAAGUAGAAAUCUCAUAUAAACAAAACUAAAAAGAAAGAAUUAUAUAUCUAAGACUUGCUCAAAAAGUAGUCACACUUCAAACUUUAAAUUACAACACUUCUAUUUGUAACAUGACUUUCCACUGGGUGGCGCUACUGCAUUAUUGUUCUGUACUAUAAGAAUUACUACUUUCAGAUAGCUUUCAGUUUCUUGUGGUGGUAUUUUAUAUAUGUUUACCAUGUGUGAAAAAAUAUUUCCAAACACUGUACAUUGCUGUGAAAAAGUAUUAACUCCCCUCUCAUUUGUACUAAAAAGUUGUGUUUUUCCUCAGGUUUACAACAUUCUUUGUCUCCCAUUUGGUCUAAAUUCAAAUUUGUCUCUGCCUCUCAUUUCUUAGUGCAAAAGAGUUAUUGUGAAGACCAGAAGUUAGACAGGUUUUGGCAGUGAAAAACACUUCCAUUCAAGAGGCAAUCUAGACCUUUUUCAAGUAAAGGUCAGGCUCAAGUCUCUGUAAUAUUCAGCUGGGGAUCAGUUGCUGUGGUAACAAUAAUAAUAAUCUGACUGUGAAAAGUCCAAGAAAAAAUGAAACACAUACUGUGGACGAUUUCAUGCAAUUAAAAAUGUUGUUCUCGUCCCUUA